UCUCCCCACCCCAAAGGCAGGAAUUUCUGGGAAGGGCAGAUGGUCCACCGCCUCUUCCUCCUCCUUCUCGAAGCGGAGUGAGUAGGGCGGGGAAAACCUCCACAACUUCUCUGUCUCCAGCCCAGAGCCCCGAGUGUCCGCACACUGUGGUGACAGGGACGACGGAGGGGCCUCCGGGAGGCUGGGGUGGCGAGGCCCGCCGAGGCGUGGAGCACCGAGGGGGCUGCGGUCCCGCCCAGCCCCGCGGCCCCGCGCUUGGGCUUUGGCGCUGGCCCCCCCGCGACCGUCUCCCGGCCGCGCGGCGAGCCUAAUGGUUAGCGAUGCUGUUGUUGCAGUCGCUGACCCUGCUGCUUCUGCUGGGGGCGCCACGGAGCUUGGCCGAGGGCGCGGUGACCGCGCUUACCCCCGAGUCGGUCCUCGAGUGGCAGGAUAAAGGAAUAUUCGUCAUCCAGAGUGAAAGCCUCAAGAAAUGCAUUCAAGCAGGCAAAUCUGUACUGACCCUAGAGAACUGCAAACCAGCAAACAAGCACAUGCUGUGGAAAUGGGUUUCAAACCACCGCCUCUUUAACAUAGGAGGCAGUGGCUGCCUAGGCCUGAAUUUAUCUAAUUCAGAACAGCCAUUGAGCAUAUAUGAGUGUGAUUCCACUCACGUUUCCUUGAGAUGGCGCUGUAACAGGAACACGAUCAUGGGCCCUCUCCAGUACACGGUCCAGGUGAACCACAACAACAUGCUCGUGGCCUCACGGAAAUAUCUUCAAAAGUGGAUUUCCUAUAUGUCAGAUGGUGGAAGCAUUUGUGAAUAUCUGCACAAAGAUUUGUACACAAUCAAAGGGAACGCCCACGGGACACCGUGCAUGUUUCCCUUCCAGUAUAACCGAGAGUGGCACCAUGAAUGCACCCGGGAAGGGCGGGAAGACAACCUCCUAUGGUGUGCCACGACCAGCCGAUAUGAACGAGAUGAAAAGUGGGGAUUUUGCCCAGAUCCCACGUCCACAGAGGUGGGUUGUGAUGCUGUCUGGGAGAAGGAUCUCAAUUCACACAUUUGCUACCAAUUCAACCUGCUUUCCUCCCUUUCCUGGAGUGAGGCACAUUCUUCAUGCCAGAUGCAAGGAGGAGCUUUACUAAGUAUUGCAGAUGAGAAUGAAGAAAAUUUCAUAAAGAAGCACUUGGGCAGCGAAGCAGUGGAAGUAUGGAUAGGUCUAAAUCAGCUGGAUGAAAACGCUGGCUGGCAGUGGUCUGAUAGAACACCGCUCAACUAUCUGAACUGGAACCCAGAAAUAAAUUUUGAUCCAUUUGUUGAAUAUCACUGUGGAACAUUUAAUUCAUUUAUGCCAAAUGCCUGGAGGAGUCAGGAUUGUGAAUCCACCCUGCCUUACAUAUGUAAAAAAUAUCUAAACCACACUGGUCAAGAAGUGAUUGAAAAAGGUGCUUGGAAAUAUUAUGCUACGCAUUGUGAGCCUGGCUGGACUCCCCACAGUCGUAACUGCUAUAGACUUCAUAAAGAAAAAAAGACCUGGAAGGAAGCUUUGCAUUCUUGCCAGUCUGAUAACAGCACAUUGAUAAACAUUGCGUCGUUAGCAGAUGUGGAGUUUUUUGUAACCCUCGUUGGAGAUGAAAAUGCAUCAGAAACAUGGAUUGGUUUGAGCAGCAAUAAAAUUCCAGUUUCCUUUGAAUGGUCUAAUGGCUCCUCAGUCACCUUUACUAAUUGGCACACACUUGAGCCCCAAAUUUUUCCAAAUAGAAGCCAGCAAUGUGUCUCAGCAGAGCAAUCUGAGGGACACUGGAAAGUUAAAAAUUGUGAAGAAACACUUUUUUACAUUUGUAAGAAAGCAGGCCAUGUCCUUUCUGACACCGAAUCAGGCUGUGGAGAGGGAUGGGAGAGACAUGGUGGAUUCUGUUACAAAAUUGACACUGUCCUUCGAAGUUUUGACCACGCUUCCAGUGGUUAUUACUGUCCUCCUGCACUUGUAACCAUUACAAACAGGUUUGAACAGGCUUUUAUUACCAGUUUGAUCAGUAGUGUGGUAAAAACGAAGGACAGUUAUUUUUGGAUAGCUCUUCAAGAUCAAAAUGAUACAGGAGAAUACACUUGGAAGACAGCAGGGGGGCAGAAGUCUGAGCCGGUGCAGUACACACACUGGAAUGCACAUCAGCCUCGCUAUAGUGGUGGCUGUGUUGUCAUGCGAGGAAGGAGUCCACCUGGUCCCUGGGAAGUGAAGGACUGCAAACGCUUUAAGGCAAUGUCCCUGUGUAAGCAACCAGUGGGAAAACAGGAGAAAACAGAGCAGGAAGAGAGAUGGCCUUUUCACCCCUGCUACUUGGACUGGGAAUCAGAGCCUGGUUUGGCCAGCUGCUUCAAGGUAUUUCAUAGUGAAAAAGUCCUGGUGAAAAGAACAUGGAGAGAAGCAGAAGCAUUUUGUGAAGAAUUUGGAGCUCACCUUGCAAGCUUUGCCCAUAUUGAGGAAGAGAGUUUUGUGAAUGAGCUUUUACAUUCAAAGUUCAAUAGGACAGAAGAAAGGCAGUUCUGGAUUGGAUUUAAUAAAAGAAACCCACUGAAUGCUGGCUCUUGGGAGUGGUCUGAUGGGACUCCUGUUGUCUCUUCAUUUUUAGACAAUACUUAUUUUGGAGAAGAUGCAAGAAAUUGUGCUGUUUAUAAGGCAAAUAAAACAUUGCUGCCCUUGCACUGCAGUUCCAAACGUGAAUGGAUAUGCAAAAUUCCAAGAGAUGUGAGACCCAAGAUUCCACCCUGGUACCAGUACGAUGCACCCUGGCUCUUUUAUCAGGAUGCAGAGUAUCUUUUUCAUACCUAUGCUGCAGAAUGGCCCUCCUUUGAGUUUGUCUGUGCCUGGCUGCGUGGUGAUCUUCUCACAAUUCGUUCUGCACAUGAGCAAGAAUUUAUCCACAGCAAAAUAAGAGCGCUAUCAAAGUAUGGUGUAAAUUGGUGGAUUGGACUUCGAGAAGAAAGAGCCAAUGAUGAAUUUCGCUGGAGAGAUGGAGCGCCAGUAAUAUACCAGAACUGGGACAAAGAAAGAGAAGGAUCUAUGAAUAAUCAGAGCCAGAGAUGUGGCUUCAUUUCAUCCAUAACAGGACUCUGGGCUAGUGAAGAGUGUUCUGUUUCUAUGCCUAGCAUCUGUAAACGAAAGAAGGUUUGGGUCAUAGAGAAAGAGAAAGAUACCCCAAAACAACAUGGAACAUGUCCCAGAGGAUGGCUAUAUUUUAACUAUAAGUGCCUUUUGGUGAAAAUCCCCAAAGACCCAAGUGAUUGGAAGAACUGGACGUCUGCUCAAGACUUCUGUGUUGAAGAAGGAGGGACACUAGUCACCAUUGAAAAUGAGGUGGAGCAAGCUUUCAUUACUAUGAAUCUUUUUGGCCAGACCACUAAUGUGUGGAUAGGGUUACAAAAUGAUAAUUAUGAAAAAUGGGUAAAUGGAAAGCCUGUGGCAUACUCUAACUGGUCUCCAUUUGAUGUAAUAAAUAUUCCAAGUCAUAACACCACUGAAGUUCAAAAACAUAUUCCUGUCUGUGCCUUGCUAUCAAGUAAUCCCAAUUUUCAUUUCACUGGAAAAUGGUAUUUUGAAGACUGUGGAAAAGAAGGUCAUGGGUUUGUUUGUGAAAAAAUGCAGGAUACCUCUGGACACAGUAUAAAUACAUCUGAUAUGUAUCCAGUCCCCAAUACCUUGGAAUAUGGGAACAGAACUUACAAAAUAAUUAAUGCAAAUAUGACUUGGUAUACAGCAAUAAAAACCUGCCUAAUGCAUGGAGCAGAAUUGGCCAGCAUUACAGAUCAGUAUCACCAGUCCUUCCUCACUGUUAUCCUCAACCGGCUAGGAUAUGCCCACUGGAUUGGACUAUUCACUGCAGAUAAUGGUCUUAAUUUUGACUGGUCAGAUGGAACCAAAUCUUCCUUCACUUUUUGGAAAGAUGAUGAGUCAUCUGUUUUGGGUGACUGUGUUUUUGCUGACACCAGUGGGCGCUGGAGUAGCACAGCCUGCGAGUCAUUUCUUCAAGGAGCAAUUUGUCGUGUACCUACUGAAACAAAACCAUUCGGACGCCCAGAGUUGUGCUCAGAAACAUCUAUUCCCUGGAUAAAAUUCAAAAGUAAUUGCUACAGUUUUUCUACAGUCCUAGACAGUAUGAGUUUUGAGGCUGCUCAUGAAUUUUGCAAAAAGGAAGGAUCUAAUCUUUUAACAAUCAAGGAUGAGGAUGAAAAUUCAUUUCUCCUAGAAGAGCUUUCUGCUUUUGGUUCUUCUGUCCAGAUGGUUUGGUUGAAUGCUCAUUUUGAUGGUGACAAUGAAACCAUAAAGUGGUUUGAUGGAACUCCCACAGACCAGUCAAAUUGGGGCAUUCGGAAGCCAGAGAUGGAUCAUGUCAAACCCCAUCUGUGUAUUGCCCUGAGGAUCCCUGAAGGAGUAUGGCAGUUAUCCCCUUGUCAAGAAAAAAAAGGAUUUAUAUGCAAAAUGGAAGCAGAUAUUCGCGCAGUAAGGGAGCACUCAGGAAAAGGACCAAGUCACAGUAUUGUACCUCUUGCAGUAACACUGACACUACUAGUAAUUCUGGCACUUUCCACACUUUCCUUCUGCGUAUACAAGCACAACAGAGGUAUCUUCAGGAGACUUGCACACUUUGGGAAUCCUUACUACCCUACAACCAACUUCAGUACAGUACAUUUGGAAGAAAAUAUUCUCAUUUGUGAUCUUGAGAAGAAUGAGCAAUAACAGUGAAUUCAGAGAAUGCCACAGCCCUAACAAUAAGUAAAGACUUAAGAGGAGUCUCCCCUGCAUUUUCCUUUACAGGCCAGAUGCCACUAUAAUGUGAAUUGUGUCACUAUUUUAAUUAUUCUUGAACUGAUUACUGGUUUUGAACUGUAACCAAAUCAGAUGGGUGUUGAUUUAUUCAUUUCCCCCAAACUGUGAUCUAUUCUUAAAAUGGGGAAAUUAUACAAUGGUUACCAGUCAGAAAACAAGAACUAUUAAAAGUAACUCCCUAUUGAAGACUUUCAAACGAAUGUGAAUAAUAGGUUUUGUAUUAAUAUGCUUCUACUGAAAUUUUAAAAGAAUUUUCAAACUAAUCUGAUAUCUAUUCAGACAUUUACUCACACUCAUUCUAUUAAAAAAGAGAGGAAGCCAAACAAAUUUUAAGACUCUAUGCUUGUACACAAGACGAAAAGUUAAAGGCUUCUGAGAGGUUUCUUGUUUGUUUUCUAAUUCAAUCAUUUUAACAUCAGGGUUUAGAAACAUCAACAUCAGUUGAUUUCUAAGCUUAAAACUCACACAUUCUGGGCUCUAAACUAAUAUUUAGGAUGAUAUUUGUUUUUAUUAGUUCUGACUUCUCAAACUAAAGAAGAAAAAUUACCUGUCUUUAAAUAGGAAAGAUCUUGGUUACAGCACACUUGCAUAAGCAACUACAUAAGAUGGCCUAAAACCUUCAAUUACUAAAUGAUGACUAUGUUUCAUAUUUUAAAAUAUAGAUAAGCUUAAAGGAAUUUAUUGAAGUUUUACUAUUGUUAAAACUUGUGGCCUUUAUUAAAACUAAAGGUAUAAUGUAAUAUGUAACUCUCCUAACAACUAAAAGUAUAAAAUAUAAUUUAAAUCUAAAGGGGAAAUAAAUGAAGAUAUGAAUUACAGUACCAUUAGACCCACACUAGAAGAUAUAUUGAGAAGUACUGAAUAAAUGACUGUCCAGUUAUAAUCUAGAUACUUUUGCUGUAUAAACGAGUUAAUGUGGGGUAUUCUGUUUAGUAAACUAUGGUUCUUUUUUUUUUCAUAAACCACAUUGCUAGUUUUAUUAGAAGAUUUAAGCUAAGAACACCCCUUCUGUUUCUAAGAGCCUACCCACAUCCACAUUCGUCCACUACCAUGUCUUCAUAAUGUCGUAAAAUGACAUUGUCGUCAUUGUCCUGA